GAAAGGAAAAACACACACCCAGCGGCGCCCCUCUCCCCUCCGCCGCGCCGCGCGACCGCCGAGAUGAGCCUCUCCCACCGCCGCCCCCACCUGCCGCCCGCCGCGCCGCCGUCGGGGGACCCCUACUACCACCUGUACGCGCCGCAGCCGCUCCAGCACCCGGACCCGCGGCAGGGCGUCGUCACGCUCUUCGUCGCCGGCCUCCCCGACGACGUCAAGCCCCGCGAGAUCCACAACCUCUUCUCCCGCCGCCCCGGCUUCGACCACUGCCUCCUCGAGUACACCGGCCGCGGCAACCAGGCUGUUGCCUUUGUGUCAUUCUUCACCCAUCACGCGGCCUUGUCUGCCAUGGCUUCGCUAAAUGGAUCUGUUUUUGACCCCGAUAACGGUGAUUGCUUGCACAUUGAGCUAGCUAAGUCAAAUUCACGCAAACGCCAUGGAGGGGGCGGUGAGGUCUACAGAGUAAUUGACAAGCGAGUUCGGACAGAGGAAAAUUCUGACAAUGAUAACAACCGUGAUGAAGGUGAUGAUGAUGUAUCAGGCAAUGAUGAUGGACAGGGUGGAUCUGAUGGACCAUCGGAUGAAGAAAAUGAUAAUUCCAGCGACAAGAACGAGUUACUCACGGACCAAAGUGGUGAACCGGGGACCAAGCAGCAGAAGGGGCGUUCUUCAAAUGAUCAGCCAGACAAAAUUCCACCUUGCUCUACUUUAUUUCUUUCAAAUUUGGGACAAACAUGUACAGAGAAGGAACUAGAGGAACUUUUGUCGAAGCAACCUGGAUUUCAUGUGCUUAAAAUGCGUCGCCGCGGUGGACUGCCUGCAGCAUUUGCUGAUUUUACGGAUAUCGAGUCAUCCACAGCUGCUAUGGAGAACUUCAAAGGAACCAUGCUGUCUUCUUCCGACAGCGAUGGCUUGCAAAUUGAGUACGCCAGGUCAAAGAUGAGGAAGAGCUAGCCAGCAGUACCUGCCGUCUUCGACUGGUGUGACUCCCAGGCUAUCAUUGAGCAUCACCUGCACAUGUAAUUGACUCUAGGCUCUAGCAUCUGGGGAUUUAGUUUGUAUUCUGUAUCCAAGUACAUGAGAACCAGGAGCUGUGCAUAUGUCCCGUGCCAGAGGAUUUGGAGUAUUUAGUUACCCAUCACUUAAGAAACUUUCAGUUUUCGGGUUUCAGCAGGAAUAGUAUCUCAGAUGAUAUGAUAGCCUUGGGCUUUUGGA